AUGGAACACGUCAUCAGCGUAAGUAACAAGCAAACGAAUGAACAGAGUGCUCUCUAUGAGGCAGCACGCCGUGGGGAUGUACGGGCUUUGGAGCAUUUGUUACAGCAAAACGCAUUAAUCCUUGACAACAUUCCAGAUGACGGCCGUGAAACUCCCUUACACAUAUCUGCAGUGCUAAAUCAUGCUUCAUUCACUGAGGCUCUUCUCAAUCGCAAUCGUGACCUUGCCACUAGACAGGAUUCUGCUGGAAGAACAGCCCUCCACUUGGCUUCUGCAGAGGAUAACCUGGAGGCCGUGCAAACACUGCUAGAAUUUAAUGGUGAGCCAUGCUUGGUUGCUAACAGAGAAGGAAGACUUCCUCUGCACUAUGCAGCUAUGAGGGGGAGGCCACAGGUUGUGGAAGCAUUGGUCAUAGCGCGGCCAGAUUCUCUAGGUUGUCUUGACCAACAAGGGAACAGUGUUUUUCACUUGUGUGUCAUAUACAACCAUUUCAAGACUCUGCAAGCAUUGGUAAAAUUGCACUAUGCCACUACCGAUGUUACUGCAGGCGCACCUCGUGCUCCUUCCUUUGCGCUCGUUGAUCGCGCUGAGAACACCAUUCUCCAUUUGGCCAUCAUGUAUGAGCGAGAUGAGGCUGUAAGGUAUCUGCUGUCAAUUCCAGAAAUAAGGGAACUAGGAAAGACGAAGAACAAAGAUGGCCUUACGCCUCUGGAUAUCCUGGAACGUAGUCCGAAAGACUGGAAAAUCAAAGAAAUAAAACUCAUGUUGACAAAGUCCGACACGGAAGAAUCUGAAACAUCGAUGUCGAAGAGUAGGAUGAUUUUAAAAUGGAUGGGAAGGCAGUUGAAGCGUGGGGUUGAUACUAGUUGGAUAGAAGAAGUGAGGGGGAAUCUGAGUGCGGCAUCUAUUUUUAUGGCAUCUGUAACCUUUCAAGCCUUAAUUAAUCCACCAGGAAGCUUUAUUCAACAAGACUUGGCAAAGCAAGAAGAUGCCCCCUCACCAUCUGGGGCCCUCAACUGCGUGCCAACCGAUGAUAAUAAAGAGCUUUGUCCCGGACAAGCAGUCUCAUCCUUUCGUCGACAAGGAGAGUUUCUGUCGUAUGCGGCUUGUAUUACUAUCUCUUUCUAUGCAUCGCUUUCUGUCACCCUCCUGCUUGUAAGUGGAGUUCCUUUGCGGAAUAGUGCCGCCAUAUGGAUUCUAGCUAUAAGCAUGUCUCUCUCUGUCCUCAGUCUUGCAGUUGCAUACAACAUUGCCGUCUACAUGUUGGUCUACUCUGGUGGUUAUUUACGGCCCGUGGCCGUUUGGGCAUUUCUUCUCUGGACUUGUGGGUUUGUUCUUCCACUUGUGUUGUUAACACAAUGCGCUUUCUCAUCUGGAUUGCCGAUAAGAUUGCCAACAAAUGUCGUAAGAAGAAUAACAGGAAGUGAACAAGUCGCUGCUGCUGCUCUGUAUCUGCCAAUUAAUGCCUCUUGUUGUCGGCAAUAG